CGCCCCGCGCCCCCAGCCCCUGCGCGCGAGCGAGGCCGGGCUUCUCCCGCGGGCUACGCUGAGGGGGCCUGAGGGGAGAGCCUGUCUGCGCCCGCCCCCGCGCACGGGGAGGGGGAAGGGCCUUGCUCUGCGCUUCCCCUGGCCCGGCGCGCACGUUAGGUGAAAUACGGCGCUCGCCACGGCGGUUCGCCUCCUCUCGGCGGAGCCGGGCCGGCGUCUCCCCUCGGGAGCCCUGCAGCGCCGCCGCCGCGCCCCGCUGGAGGGGCCGGGUCAGGCCGGCCGGUCGGGGCCGAGCGCGGCGAUCUGCAGCAGCCCGGCUGCGGGAAGCGAGGGGAGAUCCGGGCUUCGCCCGACUGCCCCGUGGGGCGGAACGCGGGAGGGGGCUGCCUGAGGGCAGGCGCCGGUCAUGGGCGGCACCCACCGCGCCCUGGGGUUGUUAUGCGUAAACCCGGCCGCGCUCGGGGUCUGAAGGCAGAUGGAGACUCCCGCCACGGCGGGUGUUGCACUCCCUGAUCGUUGUAUGAUGCUGGGUUGUUGUCGGCCUGUCACAUGAAAUUACACCGCAACCAAGGGAAAACUACACUCCCUGUGUGUAGCCCGGCAGCACAGACGUCACAGGGUUUUAAUAGAACAUAACUAUAUUAAUAUUGAAAUUUGCAAAUGCAAUGGAAGACAGCAAGACUGAAGAGGUGCUAGAUAUUCUUCGACUUAAUGUGGGAGGUUGUGUGUACACAGCCAGACGCAAAUCUUUAUGCCGCUUUAAGGAUUCAAUGCUAGCAUCUAUGUUCAGUGGACGUUUUCCUCUAAAAAUAGAUGAGUCUGGGGCUUGCCUUAUUGAUCGAGAUGGAAACCUCUUUGAGUACCUUUUAGAUUAUCUUCAUGGAGAAGUUCGGAUUCCUAAAGAUGAACAAACGCGAAUUGCAUUGCAGGAAGAGGCAGAUUACUUUGGCAUCCCUUAUCCUUACAGUCUGUCUGACCACUUAGCCAAUGAAAUUGAGACAUAUUCUUUAAGGUCAAAUAUAGAACUUAAAAAGGCUUUGAUAGACUUCUGUGAUUCUUACGGUUUAGCCUGCACCAAGCCGACCGUUUGGGUUCUGCACUAUCUCAACACAUCUGGAGCAAGCUGUGAGAGUAGAAUUAUAGGUGUGUUUGCCACAAAAGCUGAUGGGACUGAUGUACUUGACAAGGAACUGGGAGGAAGAAUAAAUAAUAAAAAUAUGUACAAAAGAGAGGCUGGAAAUAAUGUCCAAUACAUUUGGAGUUAUUAUUCAGUGAGUGAACUGAAAAAGAUGAUGGAUGCUUUUGAUGUCUGGGAAGGGAAAGGAACUUCAGGUUUCAGCUAUUGGAGAAUGCCCCAGCUGAUAGAAUGUUGGACUCUUGAAGAACGCCCUUUGAGAGGAAGUCUCCAUCAUAUGUCUCCAGUUCGUAAAAGACGAUUAAUAGACUUUACUGAAGAGGAGGAAGAUGGUCAAAACUUUAAAGCUGGUCCUAAACCAAUUAGAUUUUCUGGUCCUUCAACAAGUACCCACAUCAAAGUCAAGAAUUCUGCUUCAUUAAAGGUAGCUGCCUGUAACACUUCUUCACAUUCUGUGGUAACUCUUAAACGACCCAUCAGUGAUAGUUUGGUACAGCGCAAAGUAGUGCCAAAAACUGAACUUGCAACGUGCCCAUCAGUGCCUACAAGUUCUCAGGAAUCUUAUGGAACUGAAGGUGCUGAAAAUGGGGCAGCAUAUCAAACUACAUUCAACAUCUCAAUGUCUAAGAAACCCAUGACCACUCGUGUGGUAAAACUGAAGCGGACUCCAUUGUGUAUUGUGUCACCAUCUCAGUCAUCUUCCUCACUGAGUAAAACAGAUGAACAGGAAGUUCCUGCUGUUGAAAUUCCUACUACUUCUACAUCACUAAGAGAGAAAGAAUCCAGUAUAUCAACAGUGAAUAGUAAGAUCAAGAAUAAUUUGGAGAAUGACAAACUGGGGGGGAGGGAUAGCUCAGUGGUUUGAGCAUUGGCCUGCUAAACCCAGGGUUGUGAGUUCAAUCUUUGAGGGGGCCAUUUGGGGAUCUGGGGCAAAAUCAGUACUUGGUCCUGCUAGUGAAGGCAGGGGGCUGGACUCUAUGACCUUUCAAGGUCCCUUCCAGUUCUAGGAGAUGGGAUAUUUCCAUUAAUUAUUUUAUUAUUAUUAUUAGGAUGAUGAUGUUUAAUUCUUUAGCAGAGAUUUCCUGGCAUAAUCUGCUAAACGAAGAGUUUCUGACCCUGGUGUCAAAGGACACCUCCUGGAUUAUAAUUUAUUACUAGAGCUGGUAAGCAGUUGUGGAGAAAAAUAGUAAAAAGUACAUGGGCAAAAGGUUUUGAAAUUUAUAGUAAGUAAGUUUUCUCGCUUUACUUUUAAUUUUUUGGGAGAUGGGGGCAGGAUGUGUGGAUUUUGAAAAACAUUUUUGCAAUACAUGGUCACCGUCUCUCAGAUAUUUACUUAAAUCAAGUUGCCAUGAUGUUACUGUCUUUUAAAAAUAGAAUAUGCACGCAUACAAGCAAACCAAACCUAGCUAAUUCCAUUAUUGAUAAAGGUCAAGAUUUAAAAAAAAAAUUGAGACCAAGGUUAGGUUCCUAAAUUUAUAUUUUCAAAUUGGAAAAAAUCGGUCACAUUAAUUAAUAAUGGGGGAGAUCCAGUCUUAGAGCCCGACUCAGUCUUCUACUCUCCAGGUAUGUAAAAUACUAGACAUUGCAAAGGUAUCUGACUUACCAAGAGUAAGGAGCAGGGUUGCUGGCUUCAAAGUGCUUUUUUGGGGGGGAGAAUAUAGGAAGAGCAGUUUAACAGCAAUGAAAGGAGCCAUCCUCCCACCUGCCACAGAGGAGAGACUAGGAAAUGUAAGGGGAAAUAGCUUGUCAUGGAAGCAACAGGGCAGGAUCUUUUCACAGAAUUGAGACAUACAUGUAUUACAUUCCCAAGGGGGAGUGUUCUCCAGCAGGGAAUUGAAUGGGCGAGUUAGGCUUACAUUGUAUUCCUUAGAAAUUGGAAACAGCCUGGCAUUGCACCGUUAUGGUCCAUCCUGUCCUACAAUUGCAGUAAGGCUCUUAUGCCAGACGCACAGCUGUGAUUGCUUUGUUCUCCCCCCACUCCCUUCAUAUAUGCGGGACUCUGAUAUAUGAGCAGGGACAAGCUCAGCCUCUUUCAAGCCCAGACAACAAAACAGCAGAGUUUGAAAAAUGGGUAAACAACAAAAAUAUGGGCUGAAUACUGCUUUCAGUUGCACCAGUGUACAUUUGUAGGAACACCAAUGAAGUCAAUGGGUACUGCAGAUCUACACCUGUGUAGCAAAGCAGAAUUAGCACCAAUGUCUUGAAGUGCCUUGAUUCUUCUUGGGUGUUUAGACCAGCAUUGCUUAAUGAAAUUUAUAUAGUGCAUAUCUUUGCUGGUCUUGCGUUACUAAAAAGAGUUUUAACAUUGCCAACCCCAAGUGUUCAAAAAUCACAUGAUGGACUUAAAUCAUGAGACUUUUCAAGCUUUACUCUGCAACCAUGAGGGCUAGAAACUUAGCUUUUAUUUUAUUUUUGUAAAAGGUGAGAUUCUCAUGUAAUAAUGUGCCUCCUGUAGCUGAGGCGCUAAGAAAAACACCAAAUAUCAUGAAAGUUGGCAAAACUGCAGUUUUCUGGCCAUCAACUUACAUUUUGAAGGCCAGCUUGCAUCUUUAAUGGCCCAAGAUAGAAACUUUGAUUUUUUUUUUUAAAUGAAAGUUUGAUUAUGUAGAAAAGAACAAACAUUACGGAAAAAUGCUAACAUUGUGUAGUACCUUGUGUCCAUAGGCCUAGAGUCUGAAAUAUUUUUAGAAGAGAGUUUGAAUGAAAAACCAAUUUUUUCAUACAUAUUCAAUUUUGUUUACUCAUUACUUCAUUGUUCUAUAAUGGCACUGUUUGUAAUUUACUUUUUAUCUUUCUAAAAUAAGUUUCCUAAGACUGAAUAUUUCCUUCCUACCUGGUCUUCAAUGUUUGAUGAUUUUAAAAGAUUUAAAAACAUACACUACAGUAAAGAUCAGCAAUAGUCUGGAAUUCUCUCUCUUUCUCUGGGUACGUCUAUACUUACCUCAGGGUCCGGCGGUAAGCAGUCGAUCUUCUGGGUUUGAUUUAUCGCGUCUUGUCUAGAUGCAAUAAAUCGAUCCCGGAAGUGCUCGCCGCCGGUACUCCUGUUCCGCGAGAGGAGUACACUGAGUCGACGGGGGAACCUGCCUGCCGCGUCUGGACCUGCGGUAAGUUCGAACUAAGGUACUUCGACUUCAGCUACGUUAUUCACGUAGCUGAAGUUGCGUAUCUUAGUUCGAAGUGGGGGGUUAGUAUGGACCAGCCCCCCCCCCCCCCCCCUCUCUCUUUCAGAAAAAAUCUUGUGCAAUUUUCUGUGCUGGCAUCAGUUCACUAUUGACUCUAGGUAAUCUUCCUUGGCAGUAAAGUAUUAUUAUUAUUAAAUACGUAUUACUGCCAAAUCCAUAACAUGACACUCGGAAGCCUGAACAGUCCAGCACAAGACCGAAAUAAAUGGCAGAAACUCCAUCUGAGGUUGCUGGAGGAGAAAUAAAUAAAGUCAUUACAAUAGCCUUUAGAGGCACUGGUCAGGUCCCCCAUUGUGCUAGACAUUGUAAGUACUUGUAGUAAAGACAGGGCCUGCAUCAGAGUUUACAAUUUAAUUUUUGACAAGAUUCAACUGGUAGAUGAAACAGUCGAGCAGACUGCGGGUGGUGGGGAAGUAGAACAGGCUUUCUUUUUAAAGGGAUUGAUCAGAUUCCCUGUUGACAUAACUGGAAGUUGGCUCAAGCCCAUCAUUAAUGGAGUGGGCACAAACAUGCUUUCCUUUACUUGGAGGCAUAAGUAUCUAUUUUGAUCCAUUUUUUUUAAAUCUGUAAAGCUAGAUCUUGCACCCUUUCACAUUACCACUGUGUGUAUAAUUUUGUGCUUGGAUAGAAUUAUGUAUUAACUAGCUCCAACCUAUAACUAUCAAAAGAGAUUUUUAGUGAGGAGCAGCAAUUGCACUUAGCUCCUGGCUGUGAGCAUGCAGGUAACCUGAAACCAAAAGAAACUUGCCAGCUCAGUGAGUAGUUUUCAUGGCAUGGGGCACACUUGGUGUUUUGGAGAGGAGGGAACAUUGGGCAGAAUCUUUGCAAGUUAAAGGUUUUUGUGCAGAUUUUUUACAUUCCUGUGGUUCCCCUCCCCCUCCCUCCAAAAAUGCAGCAUGGGGCCUAAUGUCUUGAAUGUUUGCUACAUUAAAUUACAAUGGUCUAUUUCAGCAAAGGAUGUCCUGUAUGGCAUUGUAUAUCUGCACUCAAACUCUUACGCAGAUACAGGUAACAUGGGGGGGAGUUGUAUUAAAGAUGAGAGUUGGUUCUUCAUUUGGGAUUUUACAUGGUCUAUCAAAUUGUGCUUAAUAACCAGGGUACUUUGAAAAAUGUACUAAGUUAAAUCUAUAAAAGAAACUGAAUUCAGAAGAUAACUUCUAUCUAGCAAUCCAUUGUGCUGACUACUAGUGUCCAGUGGCCAUGAUCUCAUGUAUAAAAUGUAUUGCCUAUUUAGUUUGAUGGAUUAAACAUUGCUGUCAUUUUUUUUGUUAACAUUGUCACUCCUUCAGCCCUCUGUAAAAGCAGAAUUUUGUGUUUUCCAAUAACCCAGUGCAAGUGUUAAGUAUGCAGAAGAGUACCAUUCCAAGUUAAUGCCUGGAAACUCAUUCACAUGUGACUGAGCAUGGGGCUGUGAGACAGAAGCCUGUUAUCACCAACAGUAGGUGUGAUUCAUACAGCUGUAAUUCAAUAAACUGCUUCAAAAUA